AUGUCAACAACAAACGAAGCCAACACUGUUGGAAGACUUUGCCAAGCAGUAGAUCAGUUCCACAAAAACCCGGAAUAUCAGCCUCUGUAUACAAGAGAAGUCAUCAAGUACAACGUCGAGCAGUUCGCCUCGCUGAAGCACAAGGAUGAUACAUGUGUUCUGAAGGGGGCAAGCGGGCUAGAGAAUCGCGGUAUGAAUCUAUUUUACACAUACCCCGAACUUCUAUACGACGGGACGGACGAGAUUUGCUUCUGGACAUACCUCGAAGUUGCUUCUGAGCUCGAUCUGCCGCCAUGGGAAGAAUUGGAGCCACAUCGCCGUCCCUGCUUGACAACCAUGGUUCACGCGAAGAUUUUUAUGUACAUUCGUCCUCUUUCCCUUCGCAGCCUACCCCCAUCACUUCCGCGAACGAAGAAUUUGAGACAUUCAUACGAGAUAUGGACGAAGAGCGAACUUCGGAAAGGAUACGAAAACGGCCUAGCACAUGCGUGGAGCCUCACAUCUCCAGCUGGAAAUGUCGACCAGGUCGUCUGCUUCGGUCUCGGCGCGCUGUUCGACACCGAUAAUGGCGAGGACGACCCAGAUAGACUCUGUCGGACCGACCCGAGACUGAACAAGUACCGUACUUUCCUCGCUUUCGAAACAACCAGGAUGCUGAAUAGGUCCUUCAAAAACAGGGGCGAUGCUCCAGCCCCGAUUAUUUUCCAUGACCCAGAUUACACACAACAAGACCGGAACGGUAUGACAGCAUUCGCAAACUACGUGGGCGUACAGAUAAGCUUCAUGGACAAAUGCGAGGCCCUCCUCAAAGUCGACCAAUACACCCUCGUACUGGCACAUGGCCUACCUCAGUUGCCUAUUCGCUCGCUCAUCGUAGACAUCAUGAACAAGGAGGAAGGGCCAGCGGGCUUCUUCUGCGAAGACAUUCCCUCUCACAUCAAGACCUCCAAAGAUGAGGUGACCUGGUGGGUCGAGCACCAAAGCCACCCUGACCCACCUACAAGGCGUUUGCAUAUCAUGACGGAGAAGUGGGAUAUGGCGGAUGUAUGUCGUAUUCCUUCUUGGCAAGCGACAUUGUACCUGAAGCGUGAGAAUGUCGGGAAGUACAUUAAGACGGAAUGA